AUGAACAAAUACGAAGUUCUCGGGGUGGUGGGAGAGGGUGCAUAUGGCGUUGUGCUCAGAUGUCGAAAUAAGGAAUCUGGGGAGAUUGUAGCCAUCAAGAAGUUCAAGGAGAGCGAGGACGAUGAGAUCGUAAGGAAGACAACUCUCCGUGAGGUCAAGAUUUUAAGGAUGCUCCAACAUGAGAAUAUCGUCGAGCUUAGAGAGGCCUUUCGUCGCAAGGGAAAACUCUACCUCGUGUUUGAGUAUGUAGAAAAGAAUUUGCUGGAGAUCCUCGAGCAGCAACCAGCAGGAUUGCCUCCAGAGCUUGUGAGGAAGUAUAUCUAUCAGCUUUGCCGCGCGAUUAAUUGGUGUCAUGAGCACAAUGUUGUUCAUCGAGAUAUCAAGCCCGAGAAUCUGCUGAUCAACCCUGAUCAUUCGUUAAAACUUUGUGAUUUUGGAUUUGCGAGAACAGUGACCUCAAAGAAUAGAGGAGAGCUCACAGACUAUGUCGCCACGAGAUGGUACCGAGCGCCAGAGCUCUUACUUGGAGACACAGCCUACGGGAAGGCAGUGGAUAUGUGGGCGAUAGGAUGUAUCAUGGGGGAGCUGACAGACGGGCAACCGCUGUUCCCCGGAGAGAGCGAGAUCGAUCAGCUCUAUGUCAUACAAAAAGUUAUGGGGCCACUUACCCACGAACAGACUGACAUGUUCUUGCGAAAUCCAAGAUUCUUGGGGUUGAAGUUUCCUGAUAUGUCGCGACCCGAAACCUUGGAAAAGCGAUAUGUUGGCAAAUUAACAAAGAAGGCUCUUUCAUUCAUGAAAGGAUUGCUAUCGAUGGAUCCUUACAAGAGACUAAACGCGCCAGAUGCCUUACAAAACAGGUGA